AUGAAUAAUUCUGCAGCAAAGGUUGGGGAAAUUUUUACUGAAGCUGGUGCAGCUUUUAAUAAGUUAGCAGAAAUGACAAUGUUAUUGCAUCCUCUUGCAGAAUCAUCUCCUAGUUCACAAGCAAAAACACCAGUGAAAAGAAAGGUUGCUGAGGAAAGAUUAGCAAGUGUAAGCAAUAAUGCUGGACAGGUAACAUUGAACAUGCUUAAUGCACAAGAAUCUGAGAUGGAUGUAGAGGGAUUAGGUAAAAAUAUUAAAUUAGAAUUUGAGUCUAGCACUGAAGAAGUAACAACAUAG